GGAAUGUCAAUUAGAAAGAUUUAGCUGAGAACAGCAACUUUCCCUAAAAAUUCUUCGGCUUUCGACUUUUCUGCUCAAUUCAGUCUCUCUACCAGAAAUCUACGGAGAAGUAAUCGAAGAAUUCGGAUAUGGAUUCCAAAAUCCAACGUAGAAUCGAGGAAGCCGUCCGCAGAAUUCUCGAAUCCUCCGACAUGGACGAAAUGACCGAGUCCAAAAUUCGAGCCCUUGCCUCUAAGGACCUCGACCUCGACCUCUCCAAAUCCCCUUACAAGGCUCUGGUUCGCAAGGUUGUGGAAUCCUUCCUCCAAAAACGGUCUGAAGAUCAGCUGCAAGAGGAGGCCGAGGAUGCCUCUGCAGAUCAGCUGCAAGAGGAGGCCGAGGAUGCCUCUGCAGAUCAGCUGCAAGAGGAGGCCGAGGAUGCCUCUGCUGCUAAGGAAAAGGAGUACGACGACGAUGGCGAUCUCAUUGUUUGUUGGUUAUCCAGCAAGAGGAAGGUGACGAUUCAGGAUUUUAGAGGGAAGACUCUGGUUUCGAUCAGGGAGUUUUAUAGAAAGGAUGGGAAAGACCUCCCUACAGCAAAAGGAAUAAGCUUGACUGAGGAACAGUGGUCCGUCUUUAAGAACAAUGUACCUGCCAUAGAAAAAGCUAUUAAGAAUAUGCAAUCACAAAUAAUGUGAAGUAAGUUAUCGCCUGACAGUUGAUGGUUUGAAGCCUUGUACAGUUGAUGGUUUGAAGCCUUGUACAGUUGAUGGUUUGAAGCCUUGAUGCUGAGUAUCUAUGGAAUCCAGAUUUACCACCGUGAAAAGGGGAAGGAAUAGCACUUUUGGGAAUUGCUGCAGUUUGUUGGUUGCACAAUAUUUUGGUAUUUUGGUACUUCUGUUUUGAGCCUAGACCGCCAACACUUAUAAAAACUUCAAGCUACUUACCUGUGCAUUCAUGGCAUCAAGAACUGUGGUACACAUUCUCCAUCACCGGAACUCAUAAUGAUGAAUGAUCUCUUAUCUUUUUGUUUAAUGCUAAAAAACGCAUGACACUAAUAUAAAUGUGUGCCAUCCCAGCCAUGCCAUGAAGGGUUAAAUGUCUGACAUUUGAUAUCGAACUGAUUAUAAUUUAGGAGGCUGAAAUUAGGCUGUGACUAUCUAUAUAUAUAUAUAUAUAUAUAUAUAUAUAUAUAUGGUAGGACAUUGAUUAGUCUUCAGAAGCUCUUUGUGAAUUGUGCAGGUUUGUUUUUAGGAAUUAUUAUAAUGCUCGAAUUCAUGCA